GCACUUUUAGUGUUCUGUAGCCAAAUGGUUCCCGUUGUCGGUUUUGUUGUCAUUCAGUUUCGAAGUCGUACGAGAUGACGGUUAUUAAAUUUGCGUUUUUAAUUGUUUUUGGAUUUUUGGGGAAUGUUCACUGUGACCCAAAAUUGAGUCCAGUUGUGUUAGUUCCGGGAGAUGGUGGCAGCCAGUUCAAGGCCAAGCUGAACAAGCCGACCACAGUGGCGUCCUACUGUAUCAAGAAGACGGACUACUACUACGAUCUAUGGCUGAACUUGGAGCAGCUCGUGCCAUUCCUCAUAGACUGCUUCGUUGAUAACAUGAGACUCGAGUAUGACAACGUGACUCGGACGACCAGCAACUCCCCAGGGGUUGAUAUUCAGAUCCCUGGAUUUGGGGACACUGAAACUGUGGAGUACCUGGAUCACUCAGAGAUUUCACUCACAACCUACUUUCACAGCCUUGUUGAGGCCAUGGUGGGCUGGGGGUACAAGAGGAACGUUUCCGUGUUUGGCGCUCCGUACGACUUCAGAAAGGCACCUAAUGAGCUGAAGUUAUAUCUAACAGACCUUCAGCAGUUGAUAGAGAGGGCUUACUACAGCAACAACAACCAGCGGGUUUACAUCAUUACCCACAGCAUGGGCAGCCCUGUCACCUUGUAUUUACUUAAUCGCAUGACUCAGGCGUGGAAGGACAAGUUUAUUAUGGGCUUUAUCUCCCUGGCCGGGGUCUGGGGCGGUGCAGCCAAGCCAAUCAGGCUAAUGAUCUCAGGUGACAACCUGAAUGUCCCAAUUGUGAAGUCAAUCAACGUGCGACGUGAGCAGCGUAGCAUGCCUAGUACGGCCUGGCUCAUGCCUUCUGACGAGUUCUGGAAGCCUGAUGAGGUGCUGGUUGUCUCCCCUGCCCGCAACUACACGGUCCGAGACUACAAGCAGCUCUUCAAGGAUAUUGACUAUGAGACUGGUUACAUGAUGUGGGAGGACACACACAACCUGAUCAACCCUCUGACUGCCCCGCAGGUGGAAAUGCACUGUUUACACGGCGUGAAUGUCUCCACUCCUGGACAGUUUGUCUAUGACAACAAGUCCUGGCACGAUUCCGAACCCACGAGAACAAUUUUGGACGACGGCGACGGGACCGUAAACAUCCGGAGUCUGCUGGGUUGCUUACGGUUCCAGGACCAACAGAGCCAGCCAGUAUAUCACAAAACCUUCAACCAGGGGGAGCAUUUGCAGAUGCUGAAUCUGAAAGAUGUGAUAGCGUACAUUAAGGAUGUGCUCAUUGGUAGCUGAGUUUGGCAUUUCUUCAACAUGUUGUUUCCUGGGACUGUGCUCACCAACCCAUUCUUAAACUUAAGAUUUAAGAACAGUCUUAAGACUCAAUAAAAAUAACUUUUAGUUGGCAUAAAUAUUGAGAACAACAGGUUACUGCCUGAUAUUUUUGUAAAUUUUUGUAGAAUAAUAUAACAGCUUGCAGAGCCAUUAUUUUAUUCGUGCUGAGCCUGAUAUAUUACAAAAAAAUCAGGCAGUAACCUGUUUCUCUGUUUAUCAUACCAGUACGUCCCCGAUUUUUGAGAAAAAAUGAAAAAUUCACUACAAAACUGCAGUUUUAGCGGGAAAGAAUAUGACUUUUGAUGUUUGACGUGUUAAUAAUGACGUCAUGAGCACGCGCCCUUAAUGUUUGUAAAAAAUGUUUUUUGCUGUUUGUGUUGCAUUUUCUGUUAAAAAUAUAUUACAUCUUGGUAUCAAAUUUUUUGUUUUGUUGAAUCUGAUUCGAUUUACCUAAAAAUGAUUACUUUAUAGUUGAUUCCGAGUAAUAUGACCAUCCUCCACACAUGACUGAUAUAAGAACUUCCUGUUGACCAUGAGAUAAAAAAAUACAUCAGGCAACGUUAUAUCAGGCAUAUUUCAAUGCGGUGGUAUGAUAAACAAAGCAUAUAAUGGCGCUCGUAUGAUAAACAUGUUUUAAACAAUUAUAAAAGUAUACCGGUAAGUGUUUAUUGCCAUGCUAGAUUUGACUUUCGAGUAGUUUUAGUGCAUUAAAAUUUUGAGAAUAUUCUUUAUUAUAUUAUUUUAGUCUAAGAAUGGGUUGGUGAUUAUUGACCCUGUUGGAAAAUGUAAUAGCUUAGGCCAUUGACUUGUCACUUAAGAGUGUUUUUUAUGCGCCAACAAUCAAUAAAAAGAUGAAGGGGAAAUUCGUGUUACCACUGUGUAUAGGUAAGUUGUGCAUCUGUCCGUUCAAUAAAUAAUUGGAAAUUCAUGUCCUACAGACACACUUGUAGUUUCUUGCAAAUGUUUUUUGUGUGUCGUGACAUAAUUGUGUUUUUAUGAAACACUUAGUUCCAUUAGGCAAUUGAACAUGACCUUUUUAGUAUGGGAACUUACAUUCUCAUGGUAGUUAAGUGAUAAUAUUUUGGUCAGUGUCACGAUAAUGUGUCUUAGCUACAUGAAUUAGAAUUAAUCAUUUUAUCUUUAAACUAAUAUGAUUUAUUUUAAAUAUCUAAUUUUAAUUGUGCAACUGCCAGCAGUUAUUCAUUAUUUGUUCAAAACAUGGUAGAACACGUUUUUCUAUUUUUAUCAUGCAUUUUAGUUUUCAGUAGUAAUUUAUUUUUAAACAAGUUAAUUUUCAGAAAUUGAGGGACUGGUAUUGUAUGACUGGUUCUUAAUUUCUAUAAAUGUAUACAUUGUAUAACUGAAUACAGUGUAUCCUAGUUUGACAUUGCAUGAUCUACAUAAUGUUAAAUUAAAUUGAUUUUAUCUUGGGUUAUUUGCUGCCAUAUUUAGAGAUAAAAUGGACUAAUUGCUCUUGCACAAGGGAGCUGUAAAUACUUUAUUAAUGUAUAAGCAGUACCAACUUUUUAUGUCCCCCACUAUAGUAGUGGGGGACAUAUUGUUUUUGCCCUGUCUGUUGGUUGGUCUGUUGGUCUGUUGGUUGGUUGGUUGGUUGGUUGGUUUGCGCCAACUUUAACAUUCGCAAUAACUUUUGCAAUAUUGAAGAUAGCAACUUGAUAUUUGGCAUGCAUAUGUAUCUCAUGGAGCUUCACAUUUUGAGUGGUGAAAGGUCAAGGUCAAGGUCAUCCUUCAAGGUCAAAGGUCAAAUAUAUGGGUCAAAAUCGGUCAUUUAAUGUACACUUUUGCAGUAUUUCAAUAUUCAAGAUAGCAACUUGAUAUUUGGCAUGCAUGUGUAUCUCAUGGAGCUGCACAUUUUGAGUGGUGAAAGGUCAAGGUCAUCCUUCAAGGUCAGAUGUCAAAUAUAUGUGGCCAAAAUCGCUCAUUUUAUAAGUACUUUUGCAAUAUUGAAGAUAGCAACUUGAUAUUUGGCAUGCAUGUGUAUCUCAUGGAGCUGCACAUUUUGAGUGGUGAAAGGUCAAGGUCAAGGUCAUCCUUCAAGGUCAGAGGUCGAAUAUAUGUGGCCCAAAUCGCUUAUUUUAUUAAAACUUUUGCAAUAUUGAAGAUAGCAACUUGAUAUUUGGCAUGCAUGUGUAUCUCAUGGAGCUGCACAUUUUGAGUGGUGAAAGGUCAAGGUCAAGGUCAUCCUUCAAGGUCAAAUAUAUGGGUCAAAAUUGCUCAUGUAAUGUCACUUCUGCAAUAUUGAAGCUAGCAAUUUUAUAUUUGAAAUGCAUGUGUAUCUCAUGGAGCUGCACAUUUUGAGUGGUGAAGGGUCAAGGUCAAGGUCAUCCUUCAAGGUCAAACAUCAUAUAGGGGUCAAGGUCAUCCUUCAAGGUCAAACAUCAUAUAGGGGGACAUUGUGUUUCACAAACACAUCUUGUUCGUUGGGUAUUUGCAUUGAAUGUUUUUACUUGUGCUCAGUUUGAAAGCAUUUAUUUCCACAAUUAAUUAUAUUGAUAUAUUAUAUACAAAUGUAAUCUUCAUUUGUCCAAACUUUACAUUGAAAACUUUCCUCUUAUUUUGUUUUGAAACACAUUAAUAUUUGAAAUUAUGUGUAUCGGAUAUUAUUAGUGGCAUUUUUGUGUGUUUCCACAUUGCUUUUCUUGGCAUAAAUUGUUCCAGUAUCUUCCCUUUUAUUUAACCACACAUCAUUCAUGAUAGUUCUUGUUGUUUCCAUGGAAUGCUCAUUGCAUCAUAUGUGAGUUCACUUGCAUUUUAUUGUCAUUGGAUACUAUGUUUAUGAUUUAUUUUACUAUUUAUUUUAAAAUGAGAGAGAUAGGUUUACGUAUGGAAAAAUGCUUGAACAACACUGCAAUUUAUAUCUUUAUUUAAUCAUGUUUAAGCAAAAUCAAAUUAUGGUGAAUUUUACCAAAUUUGACCCAAAAUGAAAAAAUAAUUUUGGAACAGAUUGAUUUGAAACACACAGACUAUUGGCUGACACAAUUGGAAAUAUUAUUUAUUGUAUAAUAAAAGUCAAAACUUCUUAUUUUAAAUAAGACAUUAUGAUAAAAAGGUGAUGCACCCUUGUAUAAAGGCAUUUCAGUAUUAUCAUUAUGUACACUGCAACCAUUAAAAAAACAGAUUUAAAGAAAGUAUGAAAGCAUAUGCCAGUUUUUAUCAAAUAUUUAACUUCAGAAUUUCAUUGAAAAACCUGUGCAAAAACAAACUGCAAAUUAUGAUAUUGUUUUAUACAUGUAUCAUACAAAGGGGUUUACAUUUUGUAUGAAAGAAAUGCACUAAGCACUAUUUACCAUCUAAUGUAAUUCUGUAAAAGAUGUGUUAUUUUCUUGUAAAAUAUAUUUAUACAAACCUUCCAUACACAAUUUUUAAAAUUAUAUUUAGGGGCAGUAUGCAAUACCUCCAUCACACUGUAGGGGUAUAGGGUUAGGGGUAGGGUUUGUAGAAGACUGCGAUUUUACGGGUCAAGUUUAUCUACAAUGUUCAGUACAUUCAAGUUUACCGGUAUUUGGUACCUGUUUUGUAUUGGAGGUUAAAUACAUGGUGCAUACGUUAUCACGUGGUGCAUUUUGUAGAGCUAUAUCUGAUCUGUGUUUGUUAUGACCUGUUUAUUUGGAUGCGGAUUCUUGUCUGUUUUGGUUAACAUCUUAAUUACUUAUUGGCAAAAUUAAAACAUAUGAAAAUAAAAAAAAUCUUUGAAGAGUUGUAAACAUUUGAUUUUUUUGUUAAGACCACAAUGCAGUUCAAAUGUUCAUUUGUUGUCUCAUUCAUGGAAUUUAAUGUCUGAUUUGUGAAAUCAUUAUGUUUAUUUCAAUAAAGCUUAAGUCAAGAA